AUGGAGCUGCACCACCACCAAACUAGCGGCGCCGUGAGAUGGCGCGUGUGCGCCGCCGUCCUGGGCGCCUCGGCUGUGAUCGCGCUUCUCGUCACCCAUGCGCUCACAGCUGGGUCCGCCCGGGUGGGUCUGGCCGGCGACAUGGAUGUUCCAGUCCGCAUCCUGACAGCGACGACGGGGACGGCGAGAGAGGCCGGUGCGUCGCACAAGGCGUCGGGGUGGCAGGCCGCCGCCUCCGGCAAGGACGCGAGCGCGGACAGGUUCCGGUGGAGCAAGGCGGCGCUGCAAUGGCAGCGCACCGCGUUCCAUUUCCAGCCAAAGAAGAACUAUAUGAAUGGUCCAGUGUACUACCGUGGACUGUACCACUUCUUCUACCAGUACAAUCCAAAGGGCGCCGUGUGGGGCAACAUUGCGUGGGGCCAUGCAGUGUCCCAUGACCUGGUUCGAUGGCGCCACCUACCACUGGCCAUGGUCCCCGACCACUGGUACGACAUCAACGGCGUCUUGACCGGCUCCAUCACCAUCCUCCCCAACGGCACCGUCGUCUUGCUCUACACGGGGAACACCAACACAUUGGAGCAAGUCCAGUGCCUCGCUUUCCCUGCAGACCCCACCGACCUCCUCCUUCGUAGCUGGAUCAAGCACCCCGCCAACCCCGUCAUUUUCCGUCCACCCGGUGUCGGCAAAAAAGAUUUCCGUGACCCCACCACCGCAUGGUUUGACAAAUCCGACCACACAUGGCGCACCCUCAUCGGCUCCAAGGACGACCACGGCCACGCCGGCAUUGCCAUCAUGUACAAGACGAAAGACUUUGUCAAGUACGAGAGGAUCCCUGGGGUAGUCCACCGCGUUGAGGGCACUGGAAUGUGGGAGUGUGUGGACUUAUACCAUGUCGGUGCUGGCAACAACUCAUCAGGAAAGCCUUUAUAUGUGAUGAAGGCGAGCAUGGAUGAUGAACGACACGACUACUAUGCUUUGGGGACAUACAACGCGGCUGCCAACACAUGGACGCCAAUGGACCCGGAGGCAGAUGUGGGUAUCGGACUAAGGUACAACUGGGGAAAGUUUUUUGCGUCCACGACGUUCUAUGAUCCGGUGAAGCGGCGGCGCGUCUUGUGGGGGUAUGUCGGUGAGACCGAUUCGACGCCUACCGACGCCAUCAAGGGAUGGUCUUCAGUGCAGGCGAUCCCAAGGACGGUGGCGUUGGAUGAGAAGACUAGGACCAACCUCAUCCAAUGGCCUGUGCAGGAGUUCGAUACCCUCCGCCACAACGUGAGCUACCACAGCGGCAUCACCAUUGGUGCCGGCUUCGUCUCACCGCUCCACCUCGGCCAAACCGCUCAGCUUGACAUUGAGGCCUCCUUUCGCCUAGAUGCUUCCGCUGUCGCUGCCCUCAACGAGGCUGACGUACAGUACAACUGCAGCACCAGCGGCGGUGCUGCCAACCGCGGCGCCCUUGGUCCCUUUGGUCUCCUCAUCCAUGCCGACGUAGGCCGAAGGGAGCAAACGGCAGUGUACUUCUACGUAUCCAGGAACCUGGACUGGGGCCUCCAGACCCACUUCUGCCACGACGAGUCGCGGUCGUCUCUUGCCAAAGACGUCGUGAAGCGGGUGGUGGGCAGCAUCGUGCCGAUGCUCGAGGGUGAGGCUUUUUCUGUCAGGGUGCUGGUGGACCAUUCGAUCGUGGAGAGCUUCGCGAUGGGCGGGAGGUUGACGGCGACAUCGCGGGUGUACCCGACCAAGGCCAUCUAUGCUGCGGGUGGGGUGUAUGUUUUCAAUAACGCCACCGGCUCCACCGUUACAGUGGAGAAGCUCGUGGUGCACGAAAUGGGCUCAUCGUCAAUAUGA